AGUCAACGAGGGUAAUAUCCCGGUGUGAGCCAGCGCACGGGCAUACAGCGCGAGAGGAGGACACUUUACAUUAGGCUGGCUACCUCCUGUGUUACAAAUUCAUAUAUGAAGAAAAGCAAUCAGGUGGUCCUGAAUGGCGAAUAAAAGGUUCCAUGAUGGAGACAUUUUCAUUUGUAAUUUCGGAGACAUUUCUUCCCAUUCUUUCCAAGAAGUGACGCAACAUCAACACUCCCAGUAAACUGGACACAGGAAUAUUUGUUGUGUUACAAGAGCUACGCCAGAGCACCCAGACAGACCAAGUCUCAAUGAACAGGUUACUGAUUACAUGAUUUUAUUAUGGGUUUUCAUUACAAAUGAAGAUGAAAACCAUGGAAGGUUAAAGACGGUGAGUCCAUCCUGCCCUUUACCAUCUUACAUUCUCAGAAUGUCCACAAGACAAGACCUACCUGCUUACAUCAUCAGAGCAUCUGUUUUCACAAAGGAGAUCAGAAGUCAUGGUUGUAUCUCUGUUUAUGCUGAUUGUUGGUUGGUUUCAUCUGUAUUGUCAUGUUAUUACCAGGUUGGCAAGGACACAGGAGAGGCCUCAUGGGAGGAACAAAACGGGAUAAGAAAUGUGACAACUGACUGAGCAAAAGAAGAAAACGUCAGAGAAAGAAGGAAAGAGAGAAGGAUUGUGUGUUCUCUACUUUCUCAGAAGUGCAGCCCCUAAAUUCCUGUUACUAUGCCUGAGAGAGGGAGGGCAGCAGACCAGUCAAAAUGAACCCCUACGUCACCUCUCACUUUAGGAGGGAUCUCUUUCCCCACUUCCACUUGUUGUAGAGGCUUCUCUUCUCCCCUCUCUUACUGUUUGUGUGACAUGACAACACCUGUCUCUGUGUAAACCUAGGACAGUAGGUAACACCUGUCUCUGUGUAAACCUAGGACAACAGGUAACAUCUGUCUCUGUGGAAACCUAGGAAAGUUGGUAACACCUGUCUCUGUGUGAACCUAGGACAGUAGGUAACACCUGUCUCUGUGUAAACCUAGGACAACAGGUAACAUCUGUCUCUGUGGAAACCUAGGACAGUUGGUAACACCUGUCUCUGUGUGAACCUAGGACAGUAGGUAACACCUGUCUCUGUGUAAACCUAGGACAACAGGUAACAUCUGUCUCUGUGUAAACCUAGGACAGUAGGUAACACCUGUCUCUGUGUAAACCUAGGACAGUAGGUAACACCUGUCUCUGUGUAAACCUAGGACAGCAGGUAACACCUGUCUCUGUGUAAACAUAGGACAGUAGGUAACACCUGCCUCUGUGUAAAACUAGGACAGUAGGUAACAUCUGUCUCUGUGUAAACUUAGGACAGUAGGUAACACCUGUCUCUGUGUGAACCUAGGACAGUAGGUAACACCUGUCUCUGUGUAAACCUAGGACAACAGGUAACAUCUGUCUCUGUGUAAACCUUGGACAACAGGUAACACCUGUCUCUGUGUAAAUCUAGGACAGUAGGUAACACCUGUCUCUGUGUAAACCUUGGACAGUACGUAACACCUGUCUCUGUGUAAACCUUGGACAACAGGUAACAUCUGUCUCUGUGUAAACCUUGGACAACAGGUAACACCUGUCUCUGUGUAAACCUAGGACAGCAGGUAACACCUGUCUCUUUGUAAACCUAGGACAACAGGUAACAUCUGUCUCUGUGUAAACCUAGGACAGUAGGUAACAUCUGUCUCUGUGUAAACCUAGGACAACAUGUAACAUCUGUCUCUGUGUAAACCUAGGACAGCAGGUAACAUCUGUCUCUGUGUAAACCUAGGACAACAGGUAACAUCUGUCUCUGUGUAAACCUAGGACAGUAGGUAACACCUGUCUCUGUGUAAACCUAGGACAACAGGUAACAUCUGUCUCUGUGUGAACCUAGGACAACAGGUAACAUCUGUCUCUGUGUGAACCUAGGACAGUAGGUAACACCUGUCUCUGUGUAAACCCAGGACAGUAGGUAACAUCUGUCUCUGUGUAAACCUAGGACAGUAGGUAACACCUGUCUCUGUGUAAACAUAGGACAGUAGGUAACAUCUGUCUCUGUGUAAACAUAGGACACCAGGUAACGACUGUUGCCUUGGUAUUCUCCUGUGUUUUGCCUUUGUUGCUCCUAGUCAGGGUGUUACACUGUAAACUGUCUUAGGUGAUCUGGUCAAGGUGUUACACUGUAAACUGUCCUCGGGGAGGUGGUCAUGGUGUUACACUGUAAACUGUCCUCAGUUAUCUGGUCAAGGUGUUACACUGUAAACUGUCCUCAGGGAGCUGGUGAAGGGUUGAACUGUUCCUCAGGAACCUAGUAACAUGUUUAGCUUGUUCACUGGGGGUCAAAGACUUGCCAGCGUUCGAAACCCACAGUCCACUGGAAAUGUGUACGGAAGGUAAAGUCUAAUAUCGCAACCAAACAUUUUUUAUGUCAUUUGGAUUUGCCCUGAAUCAAACCUAGGAUAUCCUGUUGAAAAAGCAGUCACCUGAGAGAGCCGCAAACAUAUUUCAAAUGUCUCUAAAAGUCUGCUUUUGUUGUGCCAAGAACUCACCACUGACAUUUGAGGGCUUUUGUGGCUUGGAAAAGAAACUUGGAUUUGAGGGGAAACUGCUGGUCACAGUCUCCCACUUGUGAGAGACACUGAGUGAGUAUUAUUUACACAGUGCAUGGCUACUGUAGCUCAUAAAUGUGUUCCAAGGCCCUGUAGCAAAGGAAACAUAGAUAUAAAAGGGUGGAGGAACAUAUUCUGACUGAUAUGAAGUGAAUGGAUUGGAAUUGUGUACCAUUAUCUGAAUCAAUAGUCUAAGGAGUUCCUCCUCUGUUUCAAUCUGCCUUGUGUAUUUUCCAUGACCAAACCACUGGGAAGUGAAGAUCAUGGAACGUAAGAAACAGCAUGUUAUUCUUUUCUCUGCUGGUUGCAUGUUAGAUACGUGUUAGAAACGUAGACCCCGUUUGACUGUACUGUACUGUGGAUCUACCCCUGGACUCUGUAUUGUCAUAUUGCACUUUAGUGAAUGUGGGGAGUAUAUAUCCUCCUUACUACUACCCCAUUGUAUCCCCAGCUCUCAUCCUUUCAAGCUUCUCAGUUCCUGUAGCCUGCUCAAUGUGUUUCCCUCGUGCUGUUUCAAACUGUCAGCAAAACUCCUGCUUCCUCGUAAGAUGGCCACAGACUAUGGGUCCCUCCUGUUGAUACCCUGGACACGUGUGUAACCUCCCUCUUCAGCCCAAAGGAGUGUAAGUACUACAGGGACUGUACAGUAUUACUGCGAGACUGUCUAUCUGCUGCUGUGGAAUACGUUUCUGACCAGAGGAGUAUAUACAGCAACAACUUGACCACUGAGUUUCCUUCAAGAGAAUGGAAGGAAGACUGUGAAUCAGGACACUGUAGAGCUGUGAGUAACCCUGACUGUUAAUAAAAAGUUAGUGGAACAAUGAUCCGGGAAGUGAGGGAAGUCAUCUACUGCUGGAUACAGUUUUUCCUCAUGGAUUUACCUUUACCACAUCAGAUGGAUUACUUUUCACCAUAGAAACAGUGGAACUGGAAAGAAGUACAGAACACCAGGUUCUUAUCAAUACCUAGGUGGUCAUUAACUCACAAGCACAUAGGAGUUGAGACUACAACUUCAUCAGCGUAAGACAUUGUAUUUAGCACCAUGGGAGCGGCGCGUGUUAAGCGACGUUUCAGUGCGGUGGUUGACGGGCUGGUAGAUGAGGAGGAAGUCAUUAAGCUGGCUCUGAGUGUUGCUGACACGGCCAGGGUGGGGGGGAGCACGGGAGGCUCAGGGAGCCCCACCAGUCUCUCUCCCACACACAACCGAAAUGGCAAAGCACUCCCCCUGCAGGGCAACGGCAGCAAUGCACGGAGGCCCAGCGGAGCCCUGGAGGCAGGAGGAGGGGAAGGAUCGAUGAAAGGAGGAGGGCGCUCAGGACUGAGGGGCGGGAGGUGCGGAAGUCUGGGGAGAAGGGGGGAAGGCUGUUCGUCCUCGGACCGAGAUUCAACACUGUCGUCCCCUUCCUCCUCAAGCCGCCGGCCCACCCGGCGCUCUAGACUCCGGCCCCGCCACCGCUUUGUGGGCAAGGACGGGCGCUGCAACGUCACCUUCGUCAACAUGAGCGAGAGGGGCCAGCGUUACCUCAGCGACCUCUUCACCACCUGCGUGGACAUCCGCUGGCGUUGGAUGCUAGUCAUCUUCUGCCUCUCCUUCCUCCUCUCCUGGCUGCUCUUUGGCUUCGUCUUCUGGCUCAUUGCCGCCGCGCACGGGGACUUCGCCAUCCGCCUCAACCCCAGCUCGGGUGCCUCUUCCGGGGGAGGAGAUGAGUCCGGAGCAGGGGCGGUGGUGGAAGUGGAGGAAACGUGUUUUGUUCAGGUGAACAGCUUUAUGGCGGCCUUCCUGUUCUCCCUGGAGACGCAGACAUCCAUUGGUUACGGCUUCCGCAGCGUGACCGAGGCCUGCCCCCUGGCGGUGAUGGCGGUCGUCUUGCAGUGCAUUGUGGGCUGCAUCAUCGACGCCUUCAUCAUCGGAGCGGUCAUGGCGAAGAUCGCUAAGCCCAAGAAGCGUAACGAGACGCUGUUGUUCUCUGACACGGCAGUGGUGGCGCUGAGAGACGGGAAACUCUGCAUGAUGUGGAGGGUGGGGAACCUACGCAAGAGCCACCUGGUAGAAGCACACGUACGUGCACAGCUAAUGAAGCCGAGGGUGACCCCAGAGGGAGAGUUCCUCCCGCUGGACAACGAGGACAUCAACGUGGGAUUCGACACGGGAACCGACCGCAUCUUCCUGGUUUCCCCGGUAACCAUCGUCCACGAGAUCGACGAUGAGUCGCCGUUUUUCGAGAUGGACCGUCGGACUCUGGAGGGCGACGCGGAGCUGGAGGUGGUGGUCAUUCUGGAGGGUAUGGUGGAGGCCACAGCCAUGACCACACAGUGUCGCAGCUCCUACCUCGCCUCCGAGAUCCUCUGGGGUCACCGCUUCGAACCUGUGCUCUUCGAGAGGAAGAACUGUUACCAGGUGGACUACUCGUUCUUCCACCGGACCUAUGAGAUUCCCAGCACACCCUCUUGCAGCGCUAAAGAGUUGGCCGAGCAGAUGUACAUCCAGGGCUCACGCUCCUCCUUCUGCUACGAGAACGAAGUAGCCCUGCAGCUCGUCUCCCCUGACAAUGACCCUGAGGGCAACCCUGGCGGCUGCCCCUCCUCCCUGACCCACCGAUCCUCCCUCUCACAACCCACCCACACUAACUAGGGAGACGACAGGCAGAGGGGACAGGAAGUGACCUAGGAUCCACAGGAAGUCAGGGACAGACAGAGGGAGAGAGAGGCAGAAAGAGAGACAGGCUUCAUAGGGAAAGAGACCAACAUAGAGAAAGGUAAGUAGAAGAUUUAGGGAAAAGGACAACAUUGAGAGACUGAAGUUGAGAGAGGUGUAGAAAGAAAAACAGAAGACACCACAAAGACGCCGAGAGACAGAGAUACUGUAUACUGUCAAACAGAGAGAGAAAAGGACAGACAGAUAGGACAGAACAGGAGAGAGAGGGAUAGAAAGAGAGAGAGAAUUGUCUUUGAAAGGGGUAGAUGGGCUGCUGCUACUCUAACUGUGUUAGCUGAUUUGGACAUAGCGAUCUUUCAGAAUCAUUAUGAACCCGUCUGUCUCAGACCCGUCCCGUCAACCAACCGCUACAUUCACCACUGGCUCCAGCACCUAGCUGACCACACAUACAACACUGACCCCUAUUGGCUUCAGUGUGUACCUGCAGCUCCUGUUCAGUUACAACUCACACUGGACACAUGGGAGUAAGGUGAAGUUGCCCCAUAGACACUGAGCUAUGACCAGUUUAGUGUUUCUGCCCCCUAAUGGUGAAGGUUAGGUUUUGGAGAGGCUAAGCUGAUCCUAGAUCUGUGCCUACGGAUAACUUCUACACCAAACGUUUUUAUGUUGAAUACUGUGUGAGAGAAUGAGGUAAAACGGUGUAUAUCUACACAUUGAGGGAUGUUUGUUAUGAACUGAAUGAGAAGGCAUUAUUGAUAUGUUUUUGAUUCUGCUGAUUUGUGUUCUGUCAAGGUUUGAGCAGGUAUGUUGUGUUAGACUGAUAUGUAGCAAAAUGGAUACAGAGAAACAGCUGAAAAUAAGCAGCGGUUUUAAGCUGUUUCUUUGACUUGUACUGUAUGUUGUUAUUCUGUAUUUAUAAUGCAAGACUAUUAUAUAUUUGCUUUAUUUAAUCAAACAUGUUGCUUGUUCAACUGGGUGCAGGUGUCAGCACCACAAAACCAUAUGAGUGCAUCGUCUGGUAACAUGUGAUUUGAAGGUCUACUUCUAAACUUAUGAUUGAUUGUUUAAUAUGGUUAACAAACAAAGGUUUAUAAGUACUUUGUAAGCAGAACUUUGAUGAAAAUGUUACCUUAUGUUAUUUAAAAAUUCUACAGUACCCAGCUGAAGGGACAAUCUUAUGUUAAUGUUUACCUCUGUCUUGAAUAUGAGAUUCUAUCACCUGAGAUUCUGUGUUCCUCAAACAUUUAACUUUGUAUGAUUUUCCUCAGUAUUUUCUUUAUUUAGAUCAUUUGCUGAAUACUGUAUAUUUGGUAGAAUUUUAAAGGGAAAAUGGGGGAUGUUAAAGGUAGACUCAGCGAUAUGACGUAGAUGCAGAAA